CUCCGCGGCAUUUCUCAGCUAUGACUGUCAAAUCUUAAUUUUGAGCAAUUCUCAACUAUUUGGUGUACCAGUUGCAUCCUAUACAGAUUGUCUUUCGGGGAGAAAGUUUUCUCCCUAGCGUCCGUUUAUGAAAGAAGAAUUUUGGUAGGGACGGGGAGAGGUCGGGGGUCGGCAAUGCCAUCAUGCGAUACGAUCGCACAGUAUAUCCAAGAUGGCGGCCACUCUGAAAUUUUUCGAAGAAGACCUGGAGACGAGAUCAGUUGAAAGAGAUUGGGAAAUAGUCGCCUGUCAAAAGUUUGCCUGAGUGAGACGAGUCGAAUUUUCUGGCUAAGAUUUAGUCGCAGUUUUGUCCUAAAAAGGCAGUAUGUUGCGGAGAAGAGCGCUUACUUUGUUUGGUUUCAAGAGUCCCUUUGUCUCUGCUGCUUGCUGCUUCUUAGCCACAGAAUCUGGAAGUGUAGAUAAGAAGAGCACAAGCAGGUUUGAGUUGGUGGAAAUGAGUGGUUGGUCAAAGGUAGUGCUGUCACCUGACCCAGUCACAUCUCUAGCUCAUUGUGUCAGUGCAGAUUUUGAUAUGACUGACGGCAUUGCUAACAAAUUUAGAAAGAAGUAUGGCACCUAUGAGGAUCUCAUCAGAAAAGGUCUUUAUUUUCAACAAGCCAGACAGGUGGGUGACAUUGCUGUGUUGGAAAGGAAUGAAUCAAGCUUUGUAUAUUACCUGAUGACAAGAGAAAAUUGGUGGGACCAUGCCACACCUUCGUCUAUGCGCGCCUGUUUAGAGCAAUUGAGAAUACACUGCCAAGAACAUGGUGUGGACAAGUUAACGAUACCUCGUCUGGGGACCGGCGUGGAUAAGAUCGAUUGGCCUUUCGUCAGAAGAAUUCUUGAAGACGUUUUCAAAGACACUGAUAUAUCAAUUACGGCAUAUACAUCAAGAUAACCUCGAUUCUGAGCACUUCAUAAAUUGAGUUUUUUUUUCUAUCAACUUAGAUCACGGGCACCAUAUCAAGAGGACGGCGAGAAGAACGCGCGGCAAAGUUGAGACAGGAAGGCGAGGACCUCGCGCGCUUCGCUCGUGGUAAAAGUCAGCGAAAAGGGCCCUCGCGCGUUUCUCGUUUCCUCUUUCCCUUGGAUCUGAUUUCCUGCAACAGAUAAAACACAUUAGCAUCACCCAACUAGUGGACUAAUGCAAAUCCUGCAUUUUGAUUGGCUACGCUACUAGAGGACUAUUAGUAAUA